UUUCUUUUUUUUUCCUGACCGUCAGGUAGGGAUUUUAGUGGAAGCCUUGGUGUGUCGGGAUGAGUUUUCUGCUGCCCAAACUAACCUGUAAGAGGGAAGUGGAUCAGGCAAUAAAAAGCGUGGCCGAGAAGGUUUUGGUUCUCCGGUUUGGAAGAGAUAACGAUGCUGUUUGUCUGCAGCUCGAUGAUAUUCUUGCAAAGACAGCUCAUGACCUAAGUAAGAUGGCAGUCAUUUAUCUGGUGGAUGUGGACAAGGUUCCAGUGUACACCCAGUAUUUUGACAUCAGUUAUAUCCCAUCUACUGUAUUUUUCUUCAAUGGACAGCACAUGAAAGUUGAUUAUGGGUCUCCAGAUCAUACCAAAUUUGUAGGAAGCUUCAAAACAAAGCAAGACUUUAUAGAUCUUAUUGAAGUGAUAUACCGUGGAGCAAUGCGUGGAAAGCUCAUUGUGAGAAGUCCUAUUGAUCCCAAUAACAUUCCUAAAUAUGACCUUCUCUACCAAGGAAUUUAAUGGGUUGACCUGAGAUAAAGAAUUACAGAAAUGACUGAUGUUCUAGAUUCCUUUUUUUCUUCAAGCAUUUUUAGCCACCUCUGACACCAUGGUACAGUUUGAGCAUUUAUGUUGAAGGAUCAUAUUGGUCUCCUUCUGAAGACAGAUAUUCUGUCCCCUCAUACUUUUCUCGUAAAUAGCUACACAUUCAUGUGUAGAAGUCACGCAAGAAACUAUUAUUUGAGUUGCAUGCUGACCAGCACCUACAAAACAG